AAAUAUGCAGAUGCAGAACUUUGAUCAUUGUCAGUUGAAGCAAGCUGCACAUCAGAGAUGGAGAGCCUCAUGGAAAAAAUCGCCACUGGGAAGAUGAGCGCCUACGCUGUGAUCAUAUUUAUCUUUACCUACAAUAUUUUGCUCGACAGGGAUUUUGCCUGCACCUGCAAACCACAAGUACUGACCUGCAACCUGUACAUGUCUCUGCCACCCUUUAUAAUACUUUUCUUAAUACUGUUGGCGGACAGUUCUUUCCAAAGCGUCUGUAAAUACCAUUCCUCACAUUGUAAAUGCCUCUGCGGUCUUUGCUGGUUUUAUGUCCAACACAUUUUAAGGGCAUUUUUAGUCGGCUUGCUGUGGGUUGCUUUUUUGUUCCUCGAUGGAGACUGGUAUGUUUGCUGUUUGAAUGACGGCUCUGAACAACAGGCAAAGUUAGCCUGCGUAGAUAAGAGGAAUAUCACGGUCAACGACAAAGUUCUCAAAUCUGAACUGAAGAACAAAUCCCGGGCUAUCGGUGGCGGUAUUCUAUUUGGAAUUGUUUUAGUGGCUUUCGUCUUGCCAUUGUGUGUCAGAUGGACAUGCUGGGGAAAAAAAACAGAAUUCUUUUUCAACAAAAGAUUUCUGUAUAACAAACUGAUUAUAAUAGAGGAGGGCAAUGUGCUGAAAGAGGUUCUGAGGGAAUCAACAAAAGAGAAGUUGACUGAAGGAAUCCAGAGCAACAUCCAUGCACAACAAUGGGAAGAGUGUUUCAAAGUUGCCAGAGGGCUGAUUGUAGAUGACCCCCCUGAAGUACCAGGAGGAAGCACUGACCAACGAGAACAGGUAAUGGGAAAAAAGGGUGGUGAAGUUCAGGGUGGUGAAGUCCAGGGUGUUGCAGUCCAGGAUGAUGCAGUCCAGGAUGAUGCAGUCCAGGGUGUUGCAGUCCAGGAUGAUGCAGGCGAGAGUAUGCCCUUGCUCUCUUUAUCUACACGGGCUUAUAAUUGAGGAGGCACACCCUGAAGAGAUCUGUCUCUCCAUGGAUCCUGAUCUGAUGCUGACGGCAGAGCUGAAGUGUACCUUGUUUAAAAUGUCAACUAUAAAAUGUGUUAUGUGAGGUUUAGGACUUUAGGUGGUACAUCUCUUCAUCACGUAGUUCAGCUUUAUUUAGGUUUAUUGGUCUUUGCCCCCCCCCGAUUUGAUUUCUGUAUAAACUGUAUAGUGGAUCUAGGCUGCAGUAGCUCAGUCUGGAGGGGCGCCGGUUUACUACACCUUCAUGCAUAAAUAUGGCUUAAAAUUAUUGCAAUUAAAGACAUUUUUUGUCAAUAUGACAUCAUUUAUUUUGCUUUUACUUAGAGGUACUGAAUAGUAAGGAUUUAAGAAUGUUAUACAAAAACUUGCUUGAUAAUGAUCUGAUGCAAAUCUGGUUUUAAUUAAAUAAUAAAUAUAUAUUUUGAUUGAGUUCAGUAAACUUUCUAUUUGAACAUUUUG